GUCAUCAGUCCGAUUGGUAGUACUAAUAUUGAGACCCGGCCUCCUCUGCCCCGACGCAAUAUAUACAACAAUCUCUCGUCGUCAGAAAGCUACGUUAUCGCAGCUAUCCGAUUGUAUGUUUAUCGAAACUCAAACUGACAUGUGGUCCCUGAAGGCGACUUCUGCUGUUCUGGCCCCAACACCAGAUUUUAAACGUUUUAAUAGGUUUGGCACAACGGCGCAUAUGAUAUGGUUCUUCCGGAGACUGUGUGGAUUUGGACCUCCCCCAGCCAAGCCAAAUUUCACAGUGUUGUGUAUUGGACUAGAAGGGUCUGGAAAGAGCUCCCUCUUGGCAGUGCUUAGUGGGGAAAAGUAUGAAGACAUACCACCAACUAUUGGUUUCAGUAUCAAAGCUCUGAUGUUUGAAGACUGUAUUGUUGAUGUCAAAGAACUUGGAGGUCGUGAAUCUGUCCGUCCGUAUUGGGACCGAUAUUAUGCCGGAGCCCAGGGAAUCAUAUUUGUUGUGGAUAGCACAUCUUCUGAUGAGAACCUUAAGCUUGCCAGUAACGAAUUCCACAAAGCACUCGGUGAUCCUGUAUUGGAUGAUCUCCCUUUAUUAGUGUUGUGUAGUUACCAAGAUAAACAGGACGCAAAAUCUCCCUCUCAGCUGCAAGAAAUCCUUGAGGUAAACCUGGAGGAUGGCCACAGGCCCUGGGCCAUACGUGGCUGUAGCAUCCAAGACAGAGACAGUAUCAAACAAAGCUUUGAAGAAUUCAACAGAUUCCUUUUACAUCCUACAAAUCAUUCGAAAGAUCAUUCGAACAACAAAGACUUCAGCCGAUUGUGAAGGAAAAUAUUUUAUAUCUACCAAACAAUUCAUUUUCUUAUAAGUGAUUGCAACUACAUUCAAUAUGUUCGUGUUUGUGUUGUGAAGCUGACGGUGAUAUUCCCUUUUUGCAGACUACAGGUAUCAUACAAGGCCUCAUUUUUACUCAUACUUCAUUUCAUCCAAAAGAUAAUAUCAUUAUUUUCUACUUUUAAAGUUUUUGAAAUAAAACUUUAUUCGUUUCAGAGGAGUUUAAUAUGAAACAAGUUUUUAAUUCAUGUGAAUUAUUUUUGUUAACUGGGAUAGACGCGUGCUGAGGGUCUUGGUAGUGGUAGUAAAAACCUAUUCGGUUGGGCAAAUGAUCCGACCCCAGCUCUCUUGGUGAAAGGCAGGUGAUAAACAACUGCAACCACUGAAACAUCUUACCACCUUUUUCUUUGUCUUCAACAAACUGACAGGAAAUGCCAUCUUUGGUGACACUUAGAUUAAGUUUAUAGAAAAAUCUUCAAUUUCCUACAUGUUUAAGAUGGUUUUGAAUAUGUUUCAAGGGAAUUCUAAAAAAAGAAAGGAUUAAUCCAUUAGUGAUAAAACCUUGGUACCCUAUUAACGAAGAUACCUGUUCUAAGGGAAGCAACUCAUCCUGUUCUCAACUCAUCUGGGUCGUAUCCAUGCAUCCUGUUUCAAAGACUAGGUGGCUCAGAUAUAUUCUGCAAUAAACAAAGGCACUUGGAACCGACUGAAAGCAUAGCUAAAAAUGUACUUUUGUAGUUUUAUGACACAUAAAUAAAAAUCUAUUGAGAAUUAUAUGUCCUUCUUUCAUACGUCCAUUAAAUUAUGUAACAUAUCCCAAAAUACACAUGUAAAUUAAUCGACCUGAAUUUAUAUAAAAAAAAAGCAAACUUCCAACAGUCAGCAUUUAAGUUUCGAUCAGGCAUGUCUGUACCCCUAGAUACAUGUACACACGUGGAAUAUUCCAGAGAUAAGUCUCUGCUCAGAUCUGAGCCUGUCAUUUUCUUUUUUAAGUUUAGCUGGUUGAAAGGGUUGAACCGGACAAGCGAAAGUGGCCCCUGUCUUCUGCAAAACAGAAAUAUUACACGAUGAUCUUACCUAAAUGUCACAUAAUGAUGUGGAGAGUUUUUUUCACAAGACUUAUACUUGAUUGGUUGUGAUGUUAUCUGUUGUGUACUGUUAUUGUUUACUUCAAUUUCGUACUGCAUGUAAUUAUAAAUAUUUAUGAAAAUUUGUACUUAAAAUUUUGUAUUGUUUUAUACAACUUUUUGUAUAUUAUUGUCAGUAUUUUUUAAUCACUUCAUGUUUCUGGUCUAAAUAAUGAGAAUAUUCCCUAAUCAUGUAAUCUGAUAUCCUUAUAAUUGAUUCUUGUUGUAAGUGACGGUGAUGUAAUGUUAUUCAAUUUUGAAACCUAAUUAUUAAAAAAUAAUAUUCAUUUAAUUUUGUUCAACGUAAUAUUCUGAAUAUUGUAGGAAAAUUAAAACAGUGAUGUUUUAUUUAUAUUCUUAACUUUUAAAUUAUUUAUAUACUUAAUAUUUAGUCAAUGAAAAGGGUGAUUUUUGUAUAAGUAUUUUCUUACAGAAUCUCAAAUGAAAUAGACUAUUAUUAAUAGUUCAAGUUGAGAUGUUGAUGAAUAUGUUGUAAUAUUUUUUUUUUAUUUACAUUCAAUAUUUAUAUGCCUUAUUACUUAUCCCUAAUAAAAGAAAAGUCUACUUACUUAUAAAUGCAUGCUAAACAUUUAUCCUAUCAACUUCAUCAUCUUCAUUUUCAAAGUCUUGGUUCUCUUUUAUUAUCUAAAGAGAAAUAACUUGAAAUAAUUGCUCUUAUUUUUCAAUUUACUUGAUUUUUUUUACAUAACUUUGAAAUGACUCCAAAAUAAAAUAUGUUUUUAACAAAUUACAUAGAACGUUAUUCAUUGAAAAAAUCGGGCUCUUGCUCUUCAUCAGCCGAGAUGAGGAAAAAUUGUGUAGAGUUUAUGUCAUAUCCAUUUUGAAUCACUGCCUUUUGUUGUUGUUUUUUUUAUUCAAAAUGGACACAAUAUGUAAUCUACAAAAUUGUUUUCCUCAAUUUGACAAUAUGAAUCCAAAUUCUUUUUAAUAAGUAACAUUUAAGGAUUUUUUUUUUUUUUUAAUUAUGAAAAACAUCUUGCUAGACAAUGUUUUUGCACGGCUGAUCUGCUUUUUAUAACAAGUAUUGAAAUAACACAUAAAUUGAUGGUGUACUAUGUCUACAAUAGUAAGAACAUACUUUUGUCAAAAAUUAAACACACAGCAAAUCAUUAUCAUUAUAUUUUACUGAAAGAAUAAUCAGGUACAUAUCAUGAUACAAACAGUGUUACUGAUUGUCUUAUUAAAAUGUAUAUACAUCAGUAAAUCUCUCUAUCCUUCAUGUAACAUUAAUUAAGCUUAAUCUUAAUGAAUCACAGCAUAUACAAGCACUUCUGCUAUUUUUAAUUCCAUUUCCAGCUUUUGUACCCAUAUUUAUCCUGCAGUAAGCCCAGAGGGGGGGGGGGGGCAACACUAGUGAUGGACAAUCAAUUUAAAACCAUAAUCGAUAAUCGGUUUGGAAUCGGAAGUAGUAAACCAAUCGAUGAUCGAUUGCAUAAUCGGUUCAUAAUUUUAUGGGACUGAAUACCCAAAUUUAGUCGAGAACACUACUAUAACAUCAAUAGACAGAGUUGUUAACUAUAAACUAGGUUUCAUUCUUUUAUAAUGAAUGAAUUUCAAGCAGUUUUAAUUCAGUUUUAUCAAUCAUAUACAAAAAGUUAUAAGAUUAUAUAAUGACUUUCAAUGCAUUUUUUACAUUGAAAACAUUAACACUUUGAUUUUAAUGGAGAACCGAUUAUAUCAAUAAAUGGAAUUUGUAAUUGAUAAUCGGAAUCAGAAAGAUCAAAUCCAUCGAUCUUCAAUUAUACUAUAGUUGAUCAUCAGUCCAUUACUACUAGCCAACACAUAUUCUCUGACUCAAAGUAGGGGGUGGGCUUAUUACAGGACAAUGAAAUAAUAACUUUGUUUUUUUACUCGACUUCAAUACUUAUGGAUGGGCUUAUUACCAGACAUGGGCUUAUUGCUGGAUAAAUACGGUAAUUUUAUAGUUAUCUCCGAGUCCUGCUUCAUGUCAUCAAAUAUCAAAAUUGAAAGAAAAAACUAUCGAACAACUACGUUUGUAUAUCGUUAAUUUAACUACCAGGGUAUUUUAUAAAAGCAAUUGCAUUUAUUUUGAUCGAUUGAUUUGGUUUUCAUGUAUUUGCCACGGUUCAUAUGAUAAUAGGCCACUUGUUAUGUCACCCAUGAUAAUGCCAAAAUCAUGUCUUUGGACUUCACGUCUUAGAUUUCAAAAUAGCACUGUAUUGUUGUACGGAAGACUAUACACACUGUCAAGAUGU